GCAAAUAUUUUUAUGAAAAUUUUUCAUUUAAAAUUUAAUUACCUUGCUUAAUAUUUACUAGAGUAUCUUCUUGCGCAAGGUUAUUAAAUUUAUCAACUUGUUUGGUUGGUGCUCUGAUAGAACACUUUUCAAAACAUUUGGCCGGUUGCUUUUGCUGAUUUCUGUUGCAGAAUUUGCAAUUUUGCAGAUUGCAGCGAAUAAGUUCCUAAAAACAGCUACAAAUCUAUCAUUAUCAUGAACCGUCAAUGAAAUUUCGGCAUGGAUGUGUCCGACUUUAUCAUUGGCCCUCUUCUUGGAGAAGGCACCUUUGGCAGGUCAUACAAAGUCCGCCGCAAAACUGACAAGAAGAAACUUGUUAUGAGGAGGAUUGAGACAAGUUGCCCCUCAAACAAAAAGGUCGUGAGCCAGGAAAUUGCCAUUCAAGGUCUUCUUGGAGAUUCAAGUCACCUAGUGAAGCUUUUUGGGCAUUUUGUGGACAAAACAGGUGUAGUCUGCUUGUUGGUGGAGUACUGUAAAGAGAGGGAUCUUCAGCACCUUGUUACGAAGACCAAUGCUUGUAAAGAUGUGAUUCAAGACGAGUUUAUCUACAAGGUUAUAAAAGGAUUGAGCGAAGCGCUACUGUACCUAGAAGAAAGAGAGAUUUUGCACAGAAAUGUAAAACCGUCCAGUGUUUUCCUUACCUCAGAAUUCACACCUAAACUUGGUGGCUUUCGUCAUGCUCAUUACUUACUGACACCACCUGUCAGCAAUGGAGAGAUUACUGCUUUCUCACCUCCGGAAAUUGUGUUGUGCCAACCUGUGACAUUCAAAACAGAUGUGUGGUCUGUUGGCUGCAUAGCCUAUUACUUGCACCAGCUGAACCCUCCCUUUACUGGGGCUAACGAAGAAUUGAGGAAAAAUAUUUGUGGCAGGAGUAUUAGAGUUGCAUCUACAAGAGAACACUGCAAAAAGAUGUUCGACUUCAUUGGCCCCAUGAUGGCUAGCAAUUGCUUUUACCGACCAACCUACAAGGAAAUUCUGCAUCAUCCUCUCAUGCAGAUUGUCAAAGAAAAAGCCCGUCCAUUCAAACACAAUGAGGAACUCACCAAUAAGUUAAGUAAAAUCAACAUUCAAUCAAGCGGAACUGAUUCGAGUGAGAGUUUGCAAACGACCACAGCUAAACUGAAUCCAUACUUUGUAUCUCGGCCAGGCAACUUUCCUCUUCCUCCAAGGAAAGUGCGAUUUUUGAAUGACGGCUCUAAAGAAGUGUCUUACAAGUGGUAUGAGAUAGAUCCAAAGCCGAAUGUUGAUACCGCUAUGGUUAAUUUAAGCACAAACUGUUUAAAGCCAGAACAAUUGCCAUUUUUGAGCGAAAUUCACAAUUUUAAAUUUGGCGAAUCAAACACCGCCAAGAAAACUGAAAAGCCAGGUGAGAAGGCAAAGGGAAAUUACACAAAAGAGGACUUGGAAAAAGCAGUGGCUGAAAAGUUGGCCAUGCGGAAGUUUACCAUGAAGUAUUUACGAAAGACAGGGAAAGAGAAUUAUGUUGUUAAACAUACUAAAUUAUAAACUCUGGGAGGGCUGCUUUUUGAAUUACAAUUAUUAUUGUUACUUAAGACUGGCGAAAAAGCAGCUAUAUUUUAGAUUUUUACAUUUUUUAACAUUACCAUAGGAGAAUUCAUACCAUAGUUUUAUUACUAACCUUGUCUGAGAGGGACGUGCAAUAAAUGAGGAAUUACAAUGAAUUUUGACUUGCAACACCAUGUUGAUAUUAUAUACAGAUUAAUGUAUUUAAAGAGAUAUUCAAAUGAAAUAUGUUCUUCAGAUAUAUUUAUUUAGAAUUUACUAUUUGCCAUAUUUUUACAAAAUAAAAACAGUUGAUGAGAGUUAAUGUAAAUUUUAUUGCCAAAAGAUCUGCCAUUGAUUCUCUCACAAUUAUGCAUGUUGAAUGUAACUAUCGUUUUUUAUACCAACUAAUAAUGAGUGUUACAGUUUCUUGGAACUACGGCGCUUUCAAGCACAUUACUUUUUCCUACUAGCUGCGUCAAAUGGCGUCAAAUGAAAAUCCAAAUAUCACAAACUAUAAUAAGAAUUUAACUGAUUAUAAUGUUUGGUUGGGAAAAAAUUUACACGCCAACACAAUAAUUUGUAGUUAAAUAUAGUUUUUGAAAUCUCAUAAAUUUCACACUCACUAGGAGAGGAAUGACGCAAACAGAAAUUACGUCUCGAAGGGUUUAGGAUAACAAUUUGAUCAAACGAUCGUAUUUUUUCUCAUUGUCAGUAUUUUAAUCGAGUAUAUCGUUGAAAAUUGUGCAGUAAAAGGUGGGGUUUAGCUACAAGAGCAUAUGAUUUUUAGACGCACACAUACCUAGCACAAUUUUUACACCACUUGGCGGGCGGGGAGUAUUUACAGUACAACAAACAAUAUACUUUCAUAUUUGAUGGCUCAACAAUUAUUUUAGUUAUGUCAUCUGUAUAUUCAUUAUUCAUUUCUAU